AUGGCUUCACUUCUCAAAAAGCCACUGAAGAUUGCCCUAGUUCAGCUGGCUUCGGGAGCUGACAAGGCCGCCAACCUUGCGCAUGCGCGCACGAAGGUACUGGAAGCUGCACGGGCUGGGGCUUCGCUAGUAGUCUUGCCGGAAUGCUUCAAUUCACCCUAUGGCACGCAAUACUUCUCGAAAUACGCAGAAACGCUUCUUCCAUCUCCUCCGUCCCAAGAACAGUCGCCAUCUUUCCACGCAUUAUCCUCUAUCGCCCAGGAGGCCAAAGCAUACCUUGUUGGCGGGAGUAUCCCGGAGCUCGCUCCAGAGAGCAAGAAGUAUUACAAUACCUCUCUUGUGUUCUCACCAACUGGUUCAUUGAUUGCUUCUCAUCGGAAGACCCAUCUGUUCGAUAUUGAUAUCCCAGGAAAGAUUAGAUUCAAGGAGAGUGAGGUUCUCUCUGCGGGCAAUAAAGUCACUAUUGUUGAUUUACCGGAAUAUGGCAAGAUAGGACUCGCCAUUUGUUAUGACAUUCGUUUCCCGGAAACUGCUAUGAUUGCCGCCCGUAACGGCUGCUUCUUGUUAGUCUACCCAGGAGCAUUCAACCUGACCACAGGGCCGUUGCAUUGGUCGUUACUGGGCCGUGCUCGUGCCAUGGAUAACGAGGUUUAUGUGGCUCUCUGCAGCCCGGCUAGAGAUCUCGAUGCCACGUACCACGCUUGGGGUCACAGCUUGGUUGCUAAUCCCAAGGCGGAAGUUAUAACAGAGGCUGCUGAGAAGGAAGAGAUCGUAUACGCUGAAAUUGACCCGCAAAGCAUCGAAGAAACCCGAAAAGGAAUCCCCAUAUAUGAACAAAGGCGAUUCGAUGUAUAUCCCGAUGUAAGUAAGGGGAAGAUCAGGUUUGAGGAAUGA